AAGAUGGCGGACUCGGUUGGCGUGAGACGGGAAGAUAUCGAAAAGUGUGAAAUCCGGGAAAAGUGUGAGUUAUUGUGUUAAAGUUGUCACCAAACAACCAUCAACAAUCGUUGAAACAAUCGUUGAUCAUCAAUCAGCUGAUUUAUCCCGGAUCAAUUCGACGGAUCAGUCAAUUUCGAAUAACGAACGGUGAAUUGCACGAACGAAAUGAAUGGAUCCACGUAUUUUCCUGAUGAAUUGAAAUUAACAAGUGCUAGAAUCGUUGACUAUCAACCAACUACGCAUAAACCAAGUCUUCGUUUUUGAAAUUAAAUUUUUUAAAAACUAUCUCUCGAACGCACUCGUCAGUCAGCCCGAUUUCCCCGCUAUUUUCAUAUCGAGGAAAUAAAAAAUAUCAAAGGUUCUUCCCGAGAAGCUGUGGAUUUGGAGAUAAGUGAAAAAUAAUUGAUAAUUGAUUGAAAGAAAUGGCAACGAUGGCGGGUGGAGAGUACACGUCCGUCAAAGACUUUUACAGAGGAAGAUCGAUUUUCAUAACUGGUGGGACUGGUUUCAUGGGGAAAGUCCUAGUGGAAAAGCUGCUGAGGUCCUGCCCCGGGAUCAAGAAUAUUUAUUUAUUAAUGAGACCGAAGAAGAGUCAAAACGUAACUGAGAGGUUACAGGAGCUCCUCAAUGCACCGCUUUUCGAUAAACUGCGUCGUGACAGCCCUCACGAGCUCACGAAAAUAGUUCCAAUCGCGGGAGACGUUACAGAGCCAGAAUUAGGAAUAUCUGCACCUGAUCAGGAGACCCUCACGAGAUUUGUGUCCGUGGUUUUUCACUCAGCAGCUACUGUCAAGUUCGAUGAGGCCCUCAAACUCUCUGUUACUAUCAACAUGUUAGGGAGUGAGCGACUGGUGCAUCUCUGCCAUCGCAUGGUCAAUCUCGAGGCUCUGAUUCACGUGUCAACAGCCUACUGCAACUGCGACCGUACGGACGUAUCAGAAACAAUUUAUCCAUCGCCGCAGGACCCAGAGCAGGUGAUAGCCUGCACAAGGUGGAUGAAUGACAAAUUAAUCGAGGAAUUGACACCAAAACUGAUAGACGGUCGGCCAAAUACAUACACAUUCACAAAAGCCCUUGCGGAAACAAUGCUGCAGGGUGAGAGUGGCUCACUACCAGUGGCAAUCGUGAGGCCGUCAAUAGUUCUGUCAUCGCUGCGAGAGCCAGUGGCCGGUUGGGUUGACAAUCUCAACGGUCCAACUGGAAUAAUAGCAGCUGCUGGCAAGGGUUUCUUCAGAACAAUGCUCUGUCACGAGAACAAAGUCGCUGAUUUCGUUCCUGUCGACAUUGUCAUAAAUCUCAUGAUAUGUGCAGCAUGGAAAACAGCAAGUCAUCGCACUGACACUAUAACAGUCUACAACUGCUGCACUGGCCAGCAAAAUCCAAUAACCUGGAAGGAAUUCAUCGAGCUGUCAUUCAAAUACAGUCGAAUACAUCCGGCUAAUGAUGCUGUUUGGUAUCCGGGUGGUCGGUGUCAGAAAUACUCACUGAUGAACAAAUUGUCUGGUGCAUUUCAGCACAUAUUGCCAGCGCACAUCCUAGAUUUUAUCGCUCGGCUCAAGGGCUCCAGGCCUAUGAUGCUACGCGUACAGGCCAAAUUGAGCAAAGCUGCUAGCUGCCUCGAGUACUUCACAACGCAACAGUGGAAUUUUAGGGAUGAUAAUGUUAGGAAACUUGGGGAGCAGUUGAGCCCUGAGGAUCGUCAAAUAUUCAUGUUUGACGUCAAGCAGAUCGACUGGCCAUCGUAUUUAGAGAAUUAUAUACUUGGGAUACGGCACUUUAUUCUCAAGGAGAGUCCGGAUACACUGCCAGCAGCUCGUUCACAUAUUAUGAAAUUAUAUUGGAUCCAAAAGACUAUUCAGUUUGGAACAAUACUUGUUGUCCUUCGUGUCCUUCUCUCCCGCAGUUCCCUAGCUCGAUCAGCGUGGUUUGCACUCCUGUCAAUCGUACUUCGCAUGUGUCGUAUGAUUGUUUGACGGCUCAACGCCAGUUACCCACUGAGAUAUCAUCAUCACAAUACCUAUAUCGCCCGUAAUGCAAAAACUCAGCCAAUGUGCAUAAUGGAGCUUGUUUUACAAGUGCGAAUUGUUCAGCGAUCUCCACAGCUCAGCCACUCCCGACAAAUAAUUCGCUUUUAUUCGCUCCAAUACGUUUGGCUUUUUCAAUGUUUUUAAUUGAGAGGUUGGUGAACAGUUGAAAUUUCAUCAAAGUAUAGACGCCGAUAAACAGAUAAAGCAACGUCGGCAACCGAAUUCAUUGUUUUUUAUAAAUCCUUUGACUGUAAUUAAUGAAGAUCGAUACAAUGGAAUUGCUGAAGCCACUUCGCUUCUUCCAAUUAGAUUCAGUUGUCGAAUUAAUCUCAAUGCCCUUUUAGAUUAUUUUAUUUCGCUUUAGCCUCCGACAAUUGUGCGUUCAUUUUUAUAGUCAAUUUGUGAUAUAUUUCAUAAUGGUAAUUGGUGAUUGAGGCAGUUCUCGGGAUUACAAUGCUGAGGUGGUGAAAAUAAAUAAUUCGGUGUCCGACAGUCUUUUAUUCCAUCUUGUUACCCCUUGUGAGAUACCUAGAUUGACAUUUCUCGAUGCAACUUGAUGGGAAUCGAUACUUUUGCUUGAUACGUAUUUUAUUUGUUACCGUUACAUCUUUAUUUCGUGAUGACACUCCUGUUUACGCUGCGUUGCGCAAAUAAAGUGUCUCUCUCUUUACUUCUGAGACAAGUUCAAUAAUCAUCCUACCAAGUGUCGAGUACUGCCACUGCUCUGUCAGAUGUUAGUCCGUAGAAAAAAUGGAAACAGAGCGAAAAAAUAUGAGAAGUGAAAUACCAAAAUUCAGACUUAAUACUUAAAGAAAUAGGCAUUUUUUUAUAAAAUACUGAACGAUUAAUAUUCAAUCCUGAUGUCUCUGUGUAUCUUGCGCACUUUAAUUCUCACAUUCGUCGACGUAUUACCGAAUUUUGAAGGCAUUGGCAACGUUUUUCGCAAAAACAAAAAAACACAAGGUGAAGAACAAAAUAUGUCCGAUUUUACUAGAAGACAGAAUACAUUAAGGAGUGGAGGUGUGAGGUUUUAAAACGAACACUUUGAAACCUGGUGAAUUUAAAAUAAUCCAAACCAACAUUAAUGAGUAAAUUAAGGAAAAUUAUAUGAGAUAUGAAAUUGUAGUUUUAGUUAGAUGAAAAAUUGUAAAUACGAAGUUGUUGCUGCUAAAAGUGGGUAAUGGAGCAGUGUUAUGUAUGAUAUAGCUAUUAAUUUCAACUGUCGUGAGUUGAUCCAACAAAAGUGAAGAGAAGCAUUAGAAGCUGUUUGCGUUGUCGAAGGAGAAUUUCAUCCAUUGAAUCUAUUUUUUUUUUGUUUUGAGUUUAGAGAGCAAUCGAUAGCGUCAACCAGUGCAAUUAUCAUUUUUUUUUGUGUAUCCAACUUCUGUGUUAUACCGAUGAAGCUUUACUAUUUGAUUGUAAUGAUACGAAUAGGGGAGUUAUUUAUUUGCCCAGCAGACUCACUCAAGCCACUAUUCGUAUAAAUAAUUAUAGAGAUAGUUGUCAUACAUUUAUUCGUGACGAGAACAGACUGGAGAAUAUCGAAAUUUGUUUUCUGUUCACGUAAAAUAUUCGUAAUGCUCGAUGGGAGGGAAAGGGGGUAAUGGAUGUUUCGGAUUUUAUUAUAUUCAUAACUGCGUAAUUUGGAGUGAAAUAUGUCGGAUUUUAUUUUUGUUAAAUAUCCAUCGAUCUCACAAGAUAUUGAUUUU